AUGGGCUCUAGCCUAGGCUUCUGGAGAAAUGAGGAAACAAGUAUGGAGUCAGUGAAGAAGUUCUUGGAGAAAGAAGGUGAAAUGGCAAUCACCAUGGAUGGGCUGCCACAGAAGUUCUUUGAGCCCUUUAUCAUGAAAGGCAUUAAAGUCGAUCUCCUUGAACUCGGUCGUAUUGUUUGCUCCUUCGAAGUACCCCUUGUGGAUUUGAUAGGGUCAGCUGCAAUCCUCACCAUCGGAACUCCCAGCUUUGGAGUUUCAGUGGAGAUCAACGUUUCAUACUUGGAUUCUGCUUACCCUGGUGAGGAAGUUGAGGUUGAGGCCAGGGCUUUACGAGUUGGGAAGGCUGUUGGUGUUGCCAGUGUUGAGUUAAGGAAGAAGAAGACAUGCAAAAUUAUAGCUUUUAACUGA